AUGAUCUUCUUGAAGCCCUUAGGGGCACCUCAGCUCAUGUUGUCGUUAGGUAAGCAGACAUUAAACAGACAGCCCAUUAAAUUUAGAAUAUUAUCAAAAAAUAUAAGAAGUCAAAUAUUGUCUCAAAAUAUUACUCCAAUAACAAUUGGUUUCAGAAAUUUUAGUUCAUUAAAAACAUUACUGAUAGAAAAACCUUCUCAAUUGAAAACUACUACAACUAACCCAAAAACAGAAGAAUCAAAGAUAAAAUCACUUAAAUCUAAUAGCGAGACAACAAUAAAAGCGAAAUCUAAACUUAAUUCAAAAGCACCAACUAUAACUGAAUUGAAGAUCAUACGAGAUUUGGUAAAAUAUAUCUGGCCUAAAGGUGAUAAUAAAGUUCGAAUUCGAGUUUUAAUCGCAUUAUUAUUAUUAAUUAGUGCUAAGCUGCUUAAUGUUCAAGUUCCAUUUUUUUUCAAAAAAACAGUUGAUGACAUGAAUGUAGAUUGGUCUGAUCCAACUAUUGCAUUACCAGCUGCUAUUGGUUUAACUAUUAUAUGUUAUGGUUUAACUAGAUUUGGUGCAGUAUUGUUUGGUGAAGUUAGAAAUGCAGUCUUUGCCAAAGUUGCUCAGAAUGCCAUUCAAAAGAUAUCCUUACAAACCUUCCAGCAUCUAAUGAAACUUGAUCUAGGAUGGCAUCUGAGUAGACAAACUGGAGGAUUAACUAGAGCUAUGGAUAGAGGUACUAAAGGUAUCAGCUAUGUUUUGAAUGCUAUGGUCUUUCAUAUUGUACCGAUCACAUUUGAAAUAUCUGUUGUCUGUGGUAUUUUAACUUAUCAAUUUGGUGCCUCAUUUGCCGCUAUAACAUUCACUACAAUGUUAUUAUAUUCUAUUUUCACCUUUAAAACUACAGCAUGGAGAACAAAAUUCAGAAGGCAAGCCAAUAAAGCUGAUAAUAAAGGUGCAAGCAUUGCCUUAGAUUCUUUAAUUAAUUUUGAAGCUGUUAAAUAUUUCAAUAAUGAAGAGUAUUUAGCGCAAAAAUAUCAUAAAACAUUAUCGCAAUACCGGGACUCUCAAAUCAAGGUAGCACAAUCAUUGGCAUUCUUAAACUCUGGCCAAAAUUUAAUUUUUACUUCUGCUUUAACAGUUAUGAUGUACAUGGGUUGUACGGGUAUUAUAGGUGGUAAUUUAACUGUCGGUGAUUUAGUUUUAAUCAAUCAAUUGGUAUUCCAAUUAUCUGUACCAUUAAAUUUCCUGGGUAGUGUCUACAGGGAAUUAAAACAAUCAUUGAUCGAUAUGGAAUAUCUUUUCCAAUUGAAGAAAAAUCCAAUAAUUAUUAAAAAUGUAGAAAAACCUUUGAUGCUUGCUGAAAAGGGACAUAUGCCAAUGACGAUUCGUUUUGAAAAUGUGACAUUUGGCUAUGAUAAACAGCGUAAGAUUUUAAAGAAUGCAAGCUUUCAGAUAGAAUCGGGCCAAAAGACUGCCAUUGUGGGACCUUCUGGGAGUGGUAAAUCUACUAUUUUGAAAUUAUUAUUCCGAUUUUACGAUCCUGAAGAGGGCCGUAUCUUGGUCAAUGGUGUUGACGCAAGAGAGUAUGAUAUUGAUUCUUUAAGAAAAGUUAUAGGUGUUGUUCCACAAGAUACUCCGCUAUUUAAUGAUACCAUUUGGGAAAAUGUUCGAUUUGGCCGUAUUGGCGCUUCAGACGAUGAGAUUACACAAGUUAUUAAUAAGGCACAAUUAGGACCAUUGCUAGUGAAAUUACCACAAGGUAGAGAAACUAUUGUGGGGGAGCGUGGACUAAUGAUUAGUGGGGGUGAAAAACAGAGAUUAGCUAUUGCUCGUGUACUUUUAAAAGAUGCAGAUAUCAUGUUUUUUGAUGAGGCUACUAGUGCAUUGGAUACUCACACUGAACAGGCCCUUUUGAAAACUAUAAACGAAAAUUUUAAGAAGGGUUCAAGAACAAGUGUGUAUAUUGCUCAUAGAUUAAGAACCAUUGCUGAUGCAGAUAAGAUUAUUGUUUUACAGGAAGGUACCGUCCGUGAAGAGGGUAAACAUUCAGAACUGCUUGCAAGAUCUGGGUCUUUAUACAAAGAAUUAUGGAACAUACAAGAGAAUCUAGACUUACUAGAAGAAGAAUUACAAAUCGAAGAAGAAUUUGAAGUGGCACAUCAAUCUAACCCAAUCAAUCAAUCUUCAUAA